UAACGAUUAGGUAAUGAUGUCGUCGCUACCACCUAUUUCGCGGAUAUAAUUGUUUGCUUAGUAUUGGUUAAAUUGGUGUCGUAGAAUAAGCAUUCCUUUAUGACACUCGGAUCUUGCUGCAAUAAAAUAAUUAUUUAAAUCGAUGAACGGUUCCGGUCAACGAGACAGCGAAGCGGAGAGAUCGAGUUGGGGAAAUCCUGUAGAAUUUGUCCUGUCCUGUUUAAAUUACGCCAUAGGUCUGGGAAACGUCUGGCGUUUCCCAUAUCUGUGUUACCAAAAUGGAGGAGGGGCAUUCCUGUUGGCCUAUUUCAUAAUGCUAAUUGUUAUGGGCACUCCCGUGUUCUUCUUGGAGCUCAUAAUUGGACAGUAUUCGGGCCUUGGGCCUGAUUUGGCUUUUAGUUAUAUAGCGCCCAUAUUUUCCGGAUUGGGAUAUUGUUGCCUCGUGGUGGUGUUUUUAAUUUGCGUCUACUACAUGGUCAUCGUUGCCUGGACAAUAUUUUAUUUUUUCGCCUCGUUUUCCCUUGAUUUGGGAUAUGGACGUUGCGACCAUGACUUCAACAGCGAAGGCUGUUAUAGCGCAUCUGAAGAAGCAAAAUGUUUAGACCACGAAACGUACUACAAAAGCAUUUGUUUCGACAGCGACGAAUUGUGCCAAUUAUAUGACUUGGAAGGCGCAUUUAAUCGCACCUACUGUCGAAACAGUAAUGGAGAGGCUGUAUUCAUAAACAGCCUAUUUAAUAGGACGUUGGCUACUGCUGAAUAUUUCAGAGAAUACGUAUUAGGCAUAGGCGACGCCACGUGGGAAAAUUUCGGAAAAAUGCAUUGGGAACUAUUCGGCUGUCUGAUAUUUUCCUGGGCGGUGUGCUACAUGUGUGUCCUAAAAGGAGUGAAAACUUCUGGAAAAGCAGUCUACUUCACUGUACCGUUUCCGUAUGUCAUUUUGACCGCUCUGGUCAUACAGGGUGCGAUUUUAGAAGGCGCCGUAGACGGAAUAAAGUUAUUCUUGUUGCCCGACUGGAAAAAAUUACUCGAAGUCGAUGUAUGGGCUGCAGCAUCGUCUCAAACAUUUUAUUCGUUCGGGAUCGGAUGUGGCUCGUUGAUCACUUUGGCUUCGUACAACAAAUUUAGCAACAAUUGUUUCCAUGAUGCUUUGAUCGUUUCGUUCGCUAACGCUUUCACCUCCGUAUAUGCUGGAUUUGCGAUAUUUUCGAUGCUGGGAUUCCUUGCGUUCAAAAUGGGCGUUCCCGUCGAAGAAGUCGCCCGCGAUGGUCCCGGAUUAGCCUUCAUUGCGUAUCCGGAGGCUAUACUGCUUCUUCCUGCUUCAACGCUUUGGUCGGUGAUUUUUUUCGGCAUGCUAUUUAUCUUGGGGUUAGGUACGCAGUUUGCCGGUGUCGAAGCAAUAAGUUGUUGCAUUAUGGAUAAAUGGAACGGCCUUAGAAGAUACGAAUCGUACGUGACACUGUCGAUCUGCGUGACGUGCCUAUUACUGGCCAUUCCGAUGUGCUUUUCCGGUGGUGUUUACAUAUUCACCUUGUUGGAAUGGAACACAGCAUCUUGGGCAAUAAUGCUUAUCGGUUUCGCCGAGGUAGUCGCAUGUUCGUGGUGUUACGGAUGCUUCCGAUUUAUCGAUAACGUACGAGAUAUGACGAUCAAUAUCCGACAAAUCGGCAAAUGGUAUUGGUGGAUUUGCUGGACGAUUAUAACUCCUUUAACUUUAGUUGGUAUUUUUAUAUUCCAAAUGGUGCAUUAUUCACCCGCGUCAUAUGAAGGAUACGAGUUUCCCAUUUGGGCUGACGUAAUUGGUUUGAUAAUUGGACUAACCACGUUAGUCCCUUUUUUUAUAUUCGCAGUAUACGUCUUAUGGAAAAGAGAAUAUACUGGAUUUGAGUUCUUCCAGCCGACAAAAAAAUGGGGUCCACAGAUUUAUGGAACUGAUAGUCGAUCGUCCUUGACACCGGAAAAAAGCGUAAAUUGAGAGAGAAUGGAGAAAAUAAAAUAAAAAAAAACAGAUACGGACUUUGCUAACCACUCUUAAUAUAAAAAAAUAUUUUUGGAUACUCUGUUUAUUCUUUUAACUUUCCUUCGACGAUACGGAAUUGGUUCAUAAGGAGUACGAUGGUAAUUUAUCUCAAUUUGGUGCCUUUCAAAAAACUACAACGUGACGUGGAUGAGACAAUAAUAAUUAAGCACAGAAAUGAACCAGAAAAACAUGAAAGCAUUGUCCCUAAUUGCUUUAUUAUACGUUGGAGGGUAACCCUUUCCAGGCAUGAAAUGUCACUAUUGUUUAUAGACACUUUAUAAAACCCAUUGUUGGAAGUUCAGUUCGCCGAGAACAAUAGGAUCAAAAUGGGUUAAAAAUUUUAAGUGUUACCAUUGUACGAAAUACGUUUUAUAACUAAUAACAAUGAAUAAAAUCAAAAUCUAUUUUUA